CCGAGCAAACAAACACACACAAAAGCAGAAAGAAAGGGUCUUGCUCAGCAGCAGCAUGGAUGUCUUGGCUAGUUAUAGUAUAUUCCAGGAACUCCAGCUUGUCCACGACACCGGCUACUUCUCAGCUUUGCCAUCCUUGGAGGAAAACUGGCAGCAGACAUGCCUGGAGUUGGAGCGAUACCUUCAGACUGAACCGCGGAAGAUCUCUGAGACCUUUGGUGAGGAUUUGGACUGCUUCCUUCAUGCCUCCUCAGUCGCAGAUGCAGAGGACAAUAUCCGACAGCUGGACCCCAUCCUUUUACCAGUGGAGACGAGUACGUGUGACAAAAGCGCCAACAUGGACAUUAUCCUCUCACGGGACAAGCUGCUGUCUGAGACGUGCCUCAAUUUGCAGUCUACCAGCUCUUCCACAGAAGGCUACACAGCCGUCAACCAGGCCCAACUCAAUGCAGUAACCUCAUUAACGCCCCCUUCCUCUCCGGAGCUCAGUCGCCACCUUGUAAAAACCUCACAAACUCUCUCAGCGGUGGAUGGCACGGUGACGUUGAAAUUGGUGGCCAAGAAAACAUCACUCAGCUCUAUGAAAGUGGGUGUAGCAACAGCGACCGCGGGGACAAUAAAAAACGGGCAAAGUGACAGUGAACAAGGAGGUACAGGGGCAGAAGCGUCCCCAGAAAACAAGAAGAGGGUUCAUCGCUGUCAAUUUAAUGGGUGCCGGAAGGUUUAUACAAAGAGCUCCCACUUAAAGGCUCAUCAGAGGACUCAUACAGGUGAGAAGCCUUACAAGUGCUCGUGGGAAGGGUGCGAGUGGCGUUUUGCACGGAGCGACGAGCUCACAAGGCAUUACAGAAAGCACACGGGUGCAAAGCCCUUUAAAUGCAACCAUUGUGACAGGUGUUUUUCCAGGUCCGAUCACCUCGCCCUUCACAUGAAGAGACACAUCUAAAUAUCAGUCAGCUUGGCAUGGAUGUCAUCUGAGCUAAGUGUUGUGAGAUGAAAGUGGAACUCAAGUUACAACGCGCUGCCUUGCAGGAGAAGAGAACUUGAUCACGUGUAAUCCUCUGUACAGAGACCACACGCUCACACUGUCAUGCACCCAGUUA